AUGGGUCUUCCAUCGCAGCAGGCGUCCAACGCCGUCAUCUACACGACCUAUGCCGCAUUCUUAGCCUUUGGCCUGUUCAUCGCAUGGACGCUGCGGCACCAAACGAAGGGCGAAUACCUCGCCACGUUGCGGACACAGAAGGGCAUACCUUUGGCCCUCAAUUUCAUCGCCUCGGCUCUAGGUUCAGGCGUCUUGUUUUCAUACCCUCAGAUUUCCACCAUCGCGGGUGUUCAGGGCCUUGUGGUUUACGCCCUGUCCUCGGCAUUGCCACUUCUUGUCUUCGCCUUUCUUGGGCCCAUCAUCAGGAACAAAUGUCCCGAGGGAUUCGUCCUCACAGAGUGGACCCGCCAGCGAUAUGGAGCCAUUGCAGCUUUGUAUCUCUCGGCUCUGACGCUGAUCACGAUCUUCCUCUACAUGGUCGCCGAACUCUCGGCGCUCCAACAGAUCGUCACCGCCCUCACCGGCCUCAAUGGCCUCCCGGCUGUCAUAGUCGAGUGUGCCGUCACAACCAUCUACACCUCCUUGGGCGGAUUCAGGGUCUCCUUUGUUACAGACAACGUCCAAGGCGCCAUGGUCGUGGGUCUUAUUAUAAUCGCGUGCAUCACGGUCGGUGUCGAGACUGAGAUCUCCCACGACUUGAUUGAAAGAAGCAACUACCUCGACGCAAGCCUGUUGGGCUGGCAAUUGAUGUAUAUCCUGCCCGUCGCGAUCCUGACGAACGACUUUUUCAUCUCGGGGUUCUGGUUGAGAACCUUUGCCGCCAAGACAGACAGAGACCUCUGGAUUGGCGUGUCCAUCGCCACGGUCGCUGUGGCCAUCAUCCUCACCCUCGUCGGGGUCACAGGCUUGCUGGCAGGAUGGAGCGGUGCCCUAGGCGAUCCGCCCGAACAAUCAUCCAUCGCGUUCUUUUUGUUGCUUGAACAACUCCCCGCGUGGGUUGUGGGGAUCGUGCUGGUAAUGACCAUUGCCCUGAGCACUGCUGCGUUUGACAGUUUCCAAUCCGCCAUGGUGAGCACCGGCUCCAACGACAUUUUCCGGAACAAACUCAACCUUUGGGUAUUGAGGGGCUGUGUGGUGCUCAUCAUCGUACCCGUUGUGGUGGUGGCAUUGAAAAGUCCGAGCGUGUUGCAGAUCUAUCUGAUCAGUGAUUUGAUCUCUGCGAGCAGUAUCCCCGUGUUGGUCAUCGGGCUGAGUGACAGAUGUUAUGCGUGGAGGGGGUUCGAGGUGGUGGUCGGCGGACUGGGCGGCAUCUUCACGGUUUUCCUCUUUGGGCUUGUUUUCUACCACGGCGAUGCCAGCCAAGCGGCGGAUCUUCUGCUACUGGAGCAGGGACUGUAUGCCAAUGAUUGGAGUGCCUUUGGCGCAUUUGUUGCCGCUCCUGUUGGAGGACUGCUGUGGGCCGGAGGCGCGUUUGCGCUCAGGUUGAGUGUGCAGUGGUGCAUCGCCAAGGUCAGGGGAACUAGAUUUGAUGCGUUGGACAAGCCGGCGGCGCCGACCGCGGCGUUCUAUACGGGAGGAGCUGCUGUCGCUGGAGGCCGGCGAGAUUCUCUCGGUAGGGAGAGUGAAAGGGAGGUUUAUUCCGACGAGCAAGGCGUGGUUCGCAGUCACGUUGACGUCAAGGGGAAGUUCUUCUAG